AUGGCCUGGACCUGUUGGUCUUUGGCUACGCUCGAUGUCUUUAAGGGAACGAAAAAUGCGCACGUAUACUUGGACAAGGCUAGAGACUUACUUAAUUAUGUCCCAACUACUGGUACCUUGUGUACUGAGCUACUAAUUCUUCCAAUGAUGACUUGUUCUCUUGUUGUUGCUGAUAUCCUACCCAUGAGAAGUUUGGAUGAUUCCUCAAACCUAGAUUAUCAUGCUGGAGUAAGAGUUGUUCUGUUGCCUUUGAAAAUGUUAAGCAUAACUAACCUCCUCAUGCUGCAACAUAUUUUCCCUUACAAUUGGCCACAUAGAUUGAUUUUCUACAGUUCUAUCAAAAAAACUAAGGCGUUGUAUAUAGGUAAAGUCAUAUUUGAUCAGCCUAUUGAAGAGUCUACUGUGUUACACCAUGCUCUUGUCUCCAUUCCGUUCUUCUUCCUCGUCCUACUGGUGUUUCUUGGAUUUGCUGUUAACUGUAAUACUGGUGUAUCUUUCUUGUUCUGUAUAUAUCUGCCAUGGCUCAUCUGGGAAGGAGUUGGAUUCUCACUCAACUCGUCACGGAAUCAGCUCUCUGGUCCUAUCCCGGAUGGAUUUUUUACGGCCUUGAACCGCCUGGUAUUCAUUGAUAUAAGCCAUAAUCGUCUCACCGGACAGUUAUCAGAUUCUGAUAAGCUGAUGAGUACUGUCACGACAGUGGAUUUAUCCAGCAACUGCUUUUAUGGGAGAAUCCAAUCUUCAUUUCUCCAGCCAGCAUUGAAUUUGCAAAGAUUUGAUGUCAGUAAUAACGGCUUCUCCGGUUCAAUCCCUUCAUCUAUCUGCAGAUUUUCACCUUCAAUUGUGCAUCUUGAUUUCUCCAAUAAUGACUUUGGUACUGAAUUGACAGGAAUGAUUCCUCAAGAUAUUGGGAGGCUCUCCAACUUGGAACAGGUCAACCUCCUUGAAGGUGAACUUUCUGCUUUUAAUUUCUCCAAAUUCAUUCAGCUUAGAUCCAUCGACCUUGGGAAUAAUUUCUUCAGAGGUAGAUUGCCAUCGAGCAUUUUUUUAUGCAAGAAUUUGACUGCAAUUCGCUUGACUUCUAAUAGUUUAAAUGGAGAGGUUUUGCCUGACAUAAUGGCAUUACAAUCUCUAUCCUUCUUAUCCCUUACUAAUAAUAGCCUAAACAAUAUCACCAGUGCUGUGCGCAUCCUAACAGUGUGCAAGAACCUCAGAACUUUAAUCCUCUCAAAAAACAUUUACAAUGAACCACUGCCUGGAGAUGAAAACUUGAUAAGAGCUGGCGAGUUCCAAAAUCUUCAAGUCCUGGGUUUAGGUGGCUGUGGAUUCACGGGGUCUAAUUCCAAUUUGGCUGUCUAG